AUGCACUACUCACUCCCUCUCGUUGCUGCCCUGGCCAGCAUUGCCUCGGCCCACGGCGUCGUGACCUCCAUCCAGGGCGCCAACGGCGUCUCCAUGCCCGGCCUCUCCAUCGCUGAUGGUACCCCUCGUGACUGCAGCACCAACAGCUGUGGUUCCCAAGCCGACACCUCCAUCAUCCGAGACCGCGAGAUUAACUCCGGUGAAUGCGGCCCUCUCGGUCGCACCCAGGGCAACGGCCCCGUCUCGGCCGAGACCAUGAUUCGCAACUUCAUGGGCGAGGGCGCCGCCCCAAGGAACGAUGGCGCCAGCGAGUCCGUCGGCGUCGAGGAUGACAUCCCCAACAACAUCAACCAGAGGAAGAGGCACCAGAGGCGCCAACUCGGUGGUGUUCUCGGCGGCCUUGUUAAUGACUUGACUGGCACCGGCCAGGACAGCAAGGGCGGCGCUCUCGGUGGUCUUCUUGGCGGCUUGACUGGUGGUGGCAAUGGCGCUACUGGAAUCGGCGGCCUCCUUGGUGGAGGUGGCGAUAAGAGCAAUGGCCCUCCUGAGUCGAGCGUUGCUGCCAGCGCUGGAGUUGGUGCCACCGAGGGUCUUCCUACCUGUGCCGAUGAUGGUACCAUCACCAUGACUUACCGCCAGAUCAACCAGGAUGGUGCUGGCCCUCUCAGGGCCUCUGUCGACGGCACCUCCGGCGGCACUGACGCCAACGCCUUCCAGACCGCCGAGGUCACCCAGGAUGUCCCAGGCCUCGGUAUCCAGGGUCUCUCCCUCGCCACCAACACUGAAUUCCCUCUCAAGGUCCGCAUGCCCGAGGGCAUGACCUGCGACGCCACUGUCGCCGGUGUCGAAAACGUCUGCGUCGUUCGUGUCCGCAACGGUGCUGCUGCUGGUCCCUUUGGCGGAUCUGCUGCCUUCACCCAGUCUCCUGCCGCGAGGAAGCGAGCUAUUGCUUUCAGGCUCAAGAAGCGGAUGGAAUUCAAUAACCGCUCUUAA